AAUCCAAACGCGAUAAGUCAUGAGAUUUGAAUUUUGAUGGUCGCAGAGUAUUUAACCCAAAAUACGCAACUUUUCUUCUUCUAUCCUACUGCAAGCAACUUUCAAAUUCAGAUCCAAAAACAGGACCACCAUAUCCGCUGUCUCUCUCUAAACUCCCCCCAGGCGGAAAAGGAAGGUUUAACUUGUUAGCAAUGGCGACAGUUCGAGUGUUAUCCUUCACGUUUCUCUUUGGUGUGUUGCUUGUUCAACAAUGUAUCUGUACAGAUGCACCAGCAAGUUCACCAACUCCAGCACCGGAAUCUGGCGCCGAUGUGCCUUCUCCAUCAGUGACUCCGGCUCCAUCACCUUCAUCAAAUCUAACUUCUCCUCCAGCGCCUCCGCUGUCAGAUUUCCCUCCUGCGCCAUCACCGGUGAAUGCUACUUCAAAAGAGUCACCGUCUCCCGCACCAACACCGGCUCCGAAUUCGGACGUUGCGAGUGAUAUAAGCCACGCGAGUACGGAGGAAUCGAAGGAAUCAGCUGGUGGUGGAAUGACCAGUGGGAAGAAGGCUGGAAUAGCAGUGGGAGUAAUUGCCGCCGUUUGUUUUGUAGGUUUGGGUGCAUUGGUGUACAAGAAGCGACAACAGAAUAUUCAACGAUCGCAGUUCGGGUAUGAUGCUAGGAGAGAAAUUCUCUGAGUGAUUCUAUAUAUCAUCGUAUGCAAUCAGAGUUUAUAUAGUAUUAUAUGCUAUACAGAUAUAUAUAAUUCUACUGCAUUGGUAGAUCGUGAUGAUACGAUAUGUGGUAUUUGGGAUUUGUACGAAAAAUAUCUUUGGAUUUAUUUGAUUCUUUUACUCACUGGAUUUGUUGGUUUUGUGUACUAUUGGAAAUUUAACUUUUUGAUUGACCAUUUAAUAAAUGCUUUGCUGAUGAUUUUAGAA